UGAAGAGAAGAGGAAAGAGAGAGAGAGAGAGAAAAGGAAGACGAUGAUGAUUUCUCGGAGACCCGUUUCAAGUCCGGGUCGGGUCGAGAAAUAUCCACCGCCUUUUAUGGGGUUUUUGAGGAGCAAAAGUAACGGCGGAAGCACAAGUAGAAGUAGAAGCCGAAGUAGAGGAAGGUCACGCGCGAGUCCUUUAUUUGUUCGCCGGAAUAAAUCCGCUGCGGCGGUGACUCAAGAACCGUCGUCUCCGAAGGUUACUUGCAUGGGUCAAGUCCGGGUCAACCGAUCGAAGCCCAAAAUUAAACCCGAAUCUCGAGAAAACCCGACCCGACGACGAUGUAAGUGGAUCCGAAACGCGUCGUUUUAUAACAAAUUCGCCGGGAAAAUCAAAACGUUGUCGUUUUGGCCUAAAUGGCGAUUGUUUUCGUUUUCGUGCUCUCGUCGGAAAUUGAAGGAGAAAGAUUCUCCGAGAAGGCAAUUAGAUCGUCCGGCAACGGAAUCAGUCAGAGAAAUCAAAGAAGAAAUCGAAGAAGAAGAAGAAAGGGAAAAUUUUGAAAUCCCUAAAUUAUUUGUGUCUCCGGCUACUACGCCGCCGAUAAACGCUCUGUUGUUGACGAGAAGCAGAUCUGCACCGUAUAGAUCGUCGUCGUUGGCUUUCAGAUUCUGGGAAGAAAGUAACCAACGCGAAAUUGAAUCACAGCAAAAUGUGACAUCGGAGAAAACUGAAUCGGAAGUUCCCACCGAGAAAAUCAAUGGUGUUUACGAGCCGGAUAAUGUUGAUAGAGAUGAAGAAGAAUUAACGGAGUUAGGGUUUGUACGACGGCCGGUGUUGACAAGGAGCAAAUCGGAGCCGGCGAGGAUCGCCGAGAAGAUGAUAGUGUUGCUUCCGGAUGAAGAAGAAGGUUAGGUAGGGUUUAGGUCUCUCAUGUGAUUAGUCAAUUAUUGCACUAAUUUUUAAUUAAUCGUUGGUUUUACAAUUUAAUUUUCAUUGUUUAGGAUAAUUUGACUGUGUUUUAGAUAUAGAGGAAACAAAUUUGUAUAAAGAUUUGUAACCAUACAUAUAACGUAAGGUGUAGGUAUGUUUGGCAUAAAAAAUGUUUAACAAU